UGCGCCAUAAAGGGGCGGCGAAAAGGCAAUGAGGUAAUCGGGGUAAACAGUAAAGAUGGCGACGCCUGUGGAUGGAGAGGGACAGCCAAGUCUAAAUGGGACUAUUCCCGACCCCCAAACAAAAAAACUGACAGACCUGCCGACCGAGUUGCUCGAACACAUCCUGUGCUUCCCUGUCCUCAAACAUGUCGACAUUUGUAACGUCUCCUGUUGCUGCAAGCGGCUACACGACGUUUGUCAUGGAAGGGGGAAGGUCUGGGGACACCAGUAUAAACUCAGAUGGCCAAGACUGCAGAGGUUUUAUCGUCAGAAUGAGUCUUGUGACUGGCUCAGAGAAUACAAAACACGCCAUAGAGUUGGGAUACAAAUACGAAGGACUGUGGAAUCGAUCUCAAAGAGAUUCUUCACAGAAGUUCCUUGCGUUGGUCAGGUGCUGGGAGACAGCUUUGCAGAAAUUGAGUCACUUGGAAUGCCUGAGCACUUCUGUGAAGAUGAGCUGCUCUUCAUACUCAACUCUGACAAGAGGAAAAGCCUGACCCUGAAGUACUAUGCAAAGAAAAUCCUUUACUUCCUGAGACAGCAAAACAUCCUGAAGAGUCUGAAGAAUUUCCUGGAGCAGCCCACAGAGCAGCAGUCAGCUCUAGAAGGUGCUGUACUAGUUGAUCAGUAUUGUAACCCACUGGCUGAUGUUACACUUGACAGCAUAUCAGCCCAGCUGGAUGCAAUCACAGAGAAAGUCAAGAAGAUGCUGAGGAUCAAGAACCCAUCUCACCCCAGCCUGCGUAUUGCCCAAGGUAACUGUUCUGUUGUAGAGGACUUUGAGCUCCAGAGACAGGUCAUUUGUGCCCUUAACUCUGUCCUGUAUGAGCAGCUUCAAUACAAAGGCAAUGAGUGUGACUACUACAACCCCCUCAACUCUUAUAUCCACCAGGUGCUACUACGUCGUACAGGCAUUCCCAUAAGCCUCUCCGUUCUCUACAUGACAUUGGCCCAGAGGCUCGGUGUUCAGCUGGAACCCGUCAACUUUCCCAAUCACUUCCUGCUGCGCUGGUGCCAGAAACCGACAGGGACUGAGGAUAUCUAUGACUUUGUCUACAUUGAUGCCUUUGGAAAAGGCAAGCAGCUGACAGCAAAGGAGUGCGAGUACCUCAUUGGCCACCAGGUUACAGCAGAUUACUACAGUGCCAUAAGCACCACAGAGGUGCUGCUUAGGAUGGUGGGAAACCUGCUUAACAUCGGCAAGAGAGGUGAGGGCAAUGAAAAAUCCUACCAGCUACUCCGAGACUCUCUGGACCUCUACCUCACAAUCAACCCAGAUAAUGUGCAGUAUUUGCUGCUGCAGGCACGCCUCUACUUCCACCUGGGAAUCUGGCCAGAAAAGGUGCUUGACAUCCUGCAGCAUAUUCAGGCACUGGAUCCCUCCCAGCACGGAGCGGUGGGUUACUUGGUGCAACAUACGCUGGAGCACAUCCAGCACAAGAAACACCCUGUGACACCCGAGGUGAAGAGGCGUAGUGCUCCAGAACACCUGGAAGUCCAGUAUUCAGUCGGCCUUAUUAUGAAACACAAGCGCUCUGGGUAUAACUGUGUGAUCUAUGGAUGGGACCCUAAAUGUACAAUGAGUCCAGAGUGGAUCUCCACCAUGAGGGUCCAUCAGCUGUCCAAUGGGGCUAAUCAGCCUUUCUACAAUGUACUCGUGCAGGAUGGGACUUGCCGCUAUGCAGCACAAGAGAACCUGGAGCCUCACUCAGCCCCCCUGGAGAUUGGCCACCCAGAGGUGGGUCGCUACUUCUCCGAGUUUGCUGACACCUACUAUGUUGCCAAUGAAGAACUGCAGACACGAUACCCAGAGGACAUGGAUGAAACCUUGUGUACAGUCCGGGAGUUCUAUCACAGACUGACACCCAGUGUUGGGAACCAAGAAGAAGCUCCUACCACAGACCAAAACAACCAACAAGCCAUGUCUAUGUAGCAAGCAGCGCUGUCUAGCACUCUGCCAACCCAGGCUAACCGCUUACAGGUCACAAUUAACUUAGCUGGUGCUUUGUUGUCAAAACCAGAGGGGUAUACUAUGAAGGAAAUUCAAGAAAGCCAGGCUUUUGUUGCCUUAGCUGGCGUAACAGACCCUAAAAACCCAGUUGGAGAUGAUCAGUACCAUGACGGUAGUUGUCAGCGUUCUCUAUUAAGCUUUCUGCUUCAAACUCUGUGUGUGCUCACAUAAAAGAGGGGAGUUUCACAUGACAUGCAACUCUUCUUGCAUAUAAAAUGACCCAUAUGAGUGCUACCCUUUCCAAUCAGAGACAUUAUAUGAUGAUGAUUAUAAAAGGUGAUUAAAAUCUAUAAGGAAAUUUGAAAAAUAUAACAGUAAAAUGCAGUACUGUUUACUCACCAGAU